AUGCAAAUCAAAGAUCGAACCUUCAUCGUCUCCGGCGGCGCCUCUGGCCUCGGCUUCGCCACCUGCGAAGACCUCCACCACCAUGGCGGCUACAUCGCCAUCCUAGACAUGAACCCAUCAAACGGCGAAAAAGCAGUCCAACAACUCAGUUCCACCCGCGCCAAAUUCUUCGAAGUAGACGUCACAGACUCCGAAAGCCUCGAGGCAGCCGUCAACGGAGCAAUGGAAUGGGUCAAGAAGACCGGAAAACCCAUCGGUGGUCUCCUCCCUCUGGCAGGCGUCGGACUCCCCGCGAAGCUUCUCGAUAAGGAUUUGAAUCCCAUUCCGAUGGCGAAACUGGAUUUUGUCAUUGACAUUAAUCUGAGGGGUGUUCUGAAUCUGAUACGGCUGGUGCUUCCUCACAUGGCCCGGAAUGAACCGGUCGGAGAGGAUGGAGAGCGUGGAGUGAUUGUCAUGGUCUCUUCUACGUCGGCAUUCGAGGGGCAGGUCGGUCAGCUGUCCUACGCAGCUACAAAAGGGGCCAUCCGCAGCAUGACUCUCGUUUUGGCGCGCGACUUGGCUCCGAACGGUAUCAGAGCCCUCUCGAUUGCGCCGAGUCUCUUCGAAACCGCCAUGAGCGCCGCCAUGUCGCCGAAAGUGAGGGAGGCGCUGCAGAGGGUAGCCGAGUACCCCAAGCGUCUUGGCAACGCCAGGGAGUUUGCUCACAUGGCUCGCACAUGCAUUGAGAAUAAUUAUCUCAACGGGGAGUGCAUUCGACUCGAUGGGGCAACGAGAAUGCCGGCCAAGCUGUAA